AUGACAUCUCCCGUGCCUAAUGCCAUCGAGGCAAAAACGGUGGCUGAGAGCCCAGACACCCAAAUUUACCAACACAUUUUUGAAAAGUCCAAUGUCAAGGCAACCGCUACAGGACUAUCCGACCAGCCCGGCAGCGACGCCGACGCCAACAGCGACAAUGUUAUUCUCGACACGGCCCAGGACGCCGUCCAUCAUCUCUUGCCACUUCGAGAUGACUUUGAGCCCGCUUUGACGUUUCGCAGCCUGUUUCUUGCGUCCUGCCUUGCUGCGUUCCAGGCGGCCAUGAGCCAAAUCUACUCGUUCAAACCAACCUCUGUCGGCGUAUCGGGAACCUUUAUUGUGCUCAUUGCGUACUUUGCAGGCCUGGCCUGGGCGAAACUGCUUCCCCGAGGAGACAAGUAUGAGGCGCGGUGGAGAGAGCAAGGGGGACAAGGGACGCCGCCGCGAUGGAUCCAAGUCUUGUCCUUUUUCAAUCACGGACAUUGGAAUCUCAAAGAGCACGCCGUCUGUUCUAUUACGGCGACAUCGGCGUCCAAUGCCACCGCCAGCAUCACUGUAUUCACAGCCCAGGACUUGUUCUACGACUUGCCUCUCAGUUCAACCACGGUUGUCCUGAGCACACUUUCCAUUGGCCUCUUUGGAUACGGCCUCUGCGGCAUCUUCCGACCCAUCGCAGUUUGGCAUGUCGAAUCCGUGUACUGGGGAAAUAUCCCUACUGUCAAGACGCUGCAGGGUCUCCACUGGGCGGAUCUCAAGAGCUCCAAGCCUCUACGGACGUUUUGGUACAGCUUCACUGGCAUGUUUUCCUACGAGUUUCUUCCUGCUUACAUUAUGCCCUGGCUCAACUCCGUCUCCAUCCCCUGUUUGGCAUCCAUGAAGGCCACGGGCGACAAGGCCGAGAUCACUUCUGGCUCAACGUCUAUGCCGCUGACGACGCAACUGCACUCGGCGGUGGGCCUCUUUAUCUGCUUCAUGGCCAUGGUCGGCAUUUACUACAAUAAUGUUUGGGAAUCAAGGGCACAACCCUUCAUGUCUACGCGUCUUCGAUCAGCAAGCGGAUCGGCUUAUCCCGUUGGCAAAGUAUUUUCCGGUGGCAUUCUCAAUGAGACAGCCUUUGAACAGUAUGGGGUACCGCGGCUUACUGGAAGCUUUGCGUAUGCCAUGCUCAUGGCCAAUGCAGCGAUUGGCGCUCUUAUUAUGCACUGCAUUCUGUUCUGGGGAAAAGAUAUCCUGAGAGCAUACAAGAGCGCACAAAGGGGCAACUUCAACGACAAGCAUCAUGAGCACAUGGCCAAGCACUACCGAGAAGCUCCCUGGUGGUGGUAUGCCAUCAUUCUAGUUGGCAGCUUUGUACUGGGCCUUGCUGUGGUUCUGAGUCAAAAUAUCACCAUUCCUAGCGUCAUACUUCUUGCACGCUUCGGAAAUGGCAUCGCGACAAACAACCUGUCCAAAAUGAUUGCUGGACUGACCCUUCCUGGUCGGCCGAUUGGCAACAUGUACUUUGCCGCGUGGUCGCAUUCCGUCAUUGCCAGUUGUGUGAACCUAUCGAGCGACCUGAAAUUAGGAGACUACCUCAAAAUCCCCCCGCGCGUCAUGUUCCUGACCCAAAUUUACGGCACUUUGAUCGGCGCAGUCGUCAACUAUGCAGUCAUGAUCUCCAUCGUCAACGACAAUCGCGACUUGCUCGCGAAUACAAACGGCAACUCUUCAUGGAGCGGAGCGUCGAUUCAGUCUUACAACACCAACGCAACGUCAUGGGCGUUGGCAAAGUAUCUGUACACGGCUGGCUCCAGGUAUGCUGUUGUGCCAUUUGGCGUUUUGAUCGGCGCCGCCUUGGUUGUCGUGCAGCGAGUUGUUGUCAUUUUUGCCCCAAAAGUUCGUGGCUUCUCUCUCGACCGCAUUAAUUUGCCGCAGUUGCUGCAGUAUGCCGGAUUCAUUCCAUACAACCAAUCGCAAACGUGCAUCAUCCUCAGUGGGAUUAUUGCCGGUGUCUUUAUGCAGUUCUAUCUGCGAAACUACCACCCGCGGAUUUUCAAGAACUAUUCAUACCUAGUCACUAUUAUUUCUAGUUCUUGGGUAACAGAUCCGGCGGGCCUCAAGAAAUUACAGGAUGCACAAGUGAAAAAGGUCAAGGAGUACACCAAAACCCGGGAUGAGGGCGACUUGGUGAAGAUUUGCGCAGAGGAGGGUCAAGUUGCGUAUGACCAGUGCAAGCGUGGUUCCGUCUAA